UAAGUGGAAGCUUCGCCUGCAUCCCGCUCGUCUCCCUCGCCCCUCCACUUCAUUCUCGAACCUCACUUACCCUUCAGUCUCAGACCGUGACCUCUCUCCCCCUCUCCCUCCCCCAUACUCAUCCCCCUCCGCUCCCCCGCCUCUUCCCUCUAUUCGUUGACCUAGUUCUAGACCCUUCUCAGCAUCGCCCGACAACUCAGUUCUAGACCGCCGCCUAUGAGCAGCCGGCGCCAUCACCUUGUGUUGAGCUCCUCUCCAUCCUAACGCCUUUCCCAGCUGGCCCGGCUCCGGCCUGAGAACGCCAUCAUGCUGUUACGAUUACGCGGCCCGGAUGGGAUGAUCCGGGUCAACAUGGAGAAGACGGAUACUUUCGCCGAGCUAGGCCGCCAGCUCGUAACCCAUCUGCCACCAACCGUAGAUCCGAACAGCAUAACCAUGUCCCCAGACCCCCAAGCUAAAGACUCGAAGAGACUGAGAGACAUCGCCAAGUUCAAGCUGUCGCAGAUCGGGUUAAACCACGGAGACUUGAUCUUCAUUACUUACCAACAUCAGAGCAGCGGGGCGAAUGGCCACGCGAAUGGCGCCCCCCCGACGACCACUAACAUAUCGGCCUCGACGAACCGACUGAAUGGGAAACCCAUCCUGCCCACCGAGGAUCUACCCGUCGACCCUCUGCCGCUGACAUCCCCUUCUCAGGUCAUCAGAAAUCCGUGGGAAGUGGUCAAGCAGUCGGCGCUUGACGAUCGAUUAGACAAGCAGGACGGUAAGAUCCCUCGGGGACAAGAUCGCAUGUGUAAGCACGGACCCAAGGGCAUGUGCGACUAUUGCAUGCCUCUCGACCCUUUCAACCCGCAAUACCUGGCCGAAAAGAAGAUCAAGUACCUAUCCUUCCACUCCUACCUCAGGAAGAUCAACUCGGCAACCAACAAGCCCGAGUUGGGUAGUUCCUACAUCCCCCCGCUCAAAGAGCCUUACUUCCGAGUGCAGAGAGACUGCCCUUCGGGACACCCGCAAUGGCCGGAAGGCAUCUGCUCCAAGUGUCAACCGAGCGCCAUCACCCUCCAGCCCCAGACGUUCCGCAUGGUUGAUCACGUCGAGUUUGCCUCCUUUGAGCUGGUCAAUACCUUUAUCGACGCUUGGCGGCGGACCGGUUCGCAACGUAUAGGCUACCUGUAUGGCCGCUACACGGAGUACUCCGAGGUGCCUCUCGGAGUUAAGGCCAUUGUCGAAGCCAUAUACGAGCCUCCGCAAGUAGACGAGGUCGACGGGGUGUCGCUAAAUCCCUUUGAGAACGAGGCGGACGUGAAUGGCGUCGCAAGGCUCUGCGGGCUCGAGCAGGUCGGCGUCAUCUUCACCGACCUGCUCGAUGCCGGUACUGGAGACGGGAAGGUCAUCUGCAAGCGUCACGCGGAUUCGUAUUACCUAUCCUCCUUAGAGAUCGCCUUCGCGGCACGGUUACAGGCCCAACACCCCAAGCCGACAAAGUGGAGCGAUACCGGUCGGUUUGGCUCUAACUUUGUCACAUGCGUUAUAACAGGCGAUGAGACGGGCCAGAUAGCCAUCUCAUCUUACCAAGUUUCCAACGACGCCGUGGAAAUGGUGCGAGCAGACCUGAUCGAGCCAUCGGCCGACCCCAACGUCAUGCUCGUGCGCGAAGAAGAGGAGGACGACGGCACGGCGAGCCGGACGCGGUACAUACCUGAAGUCUUCUACCGAAAAAUAAACGAAUACGGCGCAAACGUACAGGAGAACGCCAAACCGGCCUUCCCUGUAGAAUAUCUAUUCGUCACUUUAACCCACGGUUUCCCCGCACAGCCCACCCCCUUCUUUAACACGUCCAACUUCCCCAUCGAGAAUCGCGAAGCGAUGGGGGAAGUUCAGCAGCUCAAACAGGCAGCCAAAGCCGUGGAUACCAGAAGUGGUAAUAAGCUUGGCUCGCUCUCCGACUUCCACUUCCUCAUCUUUAUCCAUGGGAUGGAUAUUCUAUCAAAAGAGGAAGAGGCUCUUCUCUGCCGGGCGGCAACAACACAUGACCUUGCCGACACGUACCAGCUGUUUUCCACACCCGGUUGGAAAACUCUGGAGGCCAUUCUACAAGAGACUGGUGAGAAACUCCCCAAGAAGCGUCCUCGUCCUACAAGUGAUGACGAGGAGCGGGCGGGCGGGGAAGCGUCUCCCGCAUCAUUCCCUUCCGCCGCCGCUGCUGCCGGCCUCGCCCGCACAAGAUCCACUGAACCGCUUACUAAGCGUCUUGCUGCCGUUAGGCUGACCGAACGAAACCCGAACCGACCAGUCUUCGAUCGCGCCAAGUUCGAGGAGGUGUAAUGGUUUCGUGGCCGGCAUUGGGGGUGCGGGGGAGGUGGUUCGGACGCCGGCGAAGGCGUUCGUUAUCGUUCGGUGAUGGGCUACUAGCCUGACAGAGCGGGGCUCUGGAGGACGGUGAUGCGUUUUAAUAGGGGCUGAGAGGCAUAGCUAGAUAGGUUUUUGACCUCAUGGAGUCCAGUUCCAUCUUAGAGAAGAGAGAUCUCUAGGACAAAGCGGGGGAGGAGAGGGAAAUGCGGGCGAAGUUUCUAUACCACAAACGCCCCCGCGUACGGGGUCUCGCGUCAUAUCACCAGCUGAAGAGGCAGUGUUGAUGAAGGGAGGAUAUGAAGUCAAAAAGCAUCUGACAUGAUUUCUGGGGCCCCUGUCGCACUUAGUACGCGCGUGAUAGUCGCCGACGAAUUUAUAGGUUUGUCAACGCGUAGCACGACGAGUAGCUUAGGUAGUCUGGCGGGCUACGUGGGAACGAUGUGCUGCCUAGCUUCAGUGCACGGCAGAGCGGGCAAAUAGUUCGAACUAGUUAACUCGC